UGUGGGUGGUGCGGGAGAGCUAGAGAGCCACCGCCUGCAGCAUCUCCAAGAGCCCACUCAAACUGUAAGGAACAUAGCCAUGGCUGGCCCUUGAUUCUGUGCUUUCUGCCCUAAGAUCUCUUUGACCUUUGAAACCAUCUCUCACCGCCCCCUCCCGAUUGCGGCCAGACACCUUCAAAGGGCAGGUGCUCUUUCUGGGAAGCUGAGUGGAGCCAUGAGCACACGGGGUCCCAGCCCCCUGGCCUUCCUCACAGCCCCCGUCACUCCUGGCAGCACCACCGAGGCAGCUGACCCCCUCCCUGUGCUCGUCGCCCUGGCCUGCAUCUUCCUCCUGCUGGCCAGCUGUCUGCUGUUCAUGACCCUCUGCAAACCGGCCGCGCUGGACCCGAGCCGCCGGCGGGCUCAGGAGUGCAUGCCCCACCACCCUGGGAGCCCCAGCGAGCCCCAGCUCAGGCUCUGGAAGCGCCUGGGCUCUCUGCGCCGCUCCCUACACAGUUUCCGUCGAGGCAGGCCUGCUCCCAGACGCCCCCUGCCGGGCUGCGAUGACAACCUCGACUGUGACUGCACGGAAUCUACCAAAAUGUGAUGGAUGGGCUGUUCCCGCUUCCCAGGACCCACCCAAGGAUCCUCCCGCCGGUGACACAGCCUGGAACCCGGGACUGCAGAAGGACCUGGGCCACACGCUCAGCCCCCGUGGUCCCAGGCCUGUGGCCUUUCCCAGAGACAGACCCUGGAGGAAUGUAUUCCUCUCUGCAGACCCUCCAGGUGCUGCCUGCUAAAAGACUGCUGGGCCAAUGCGCGGCCCUAACACUUGGCCCCAGGCUUCAGAGGGCACAACCUGGGACCCCCCCCCCCCCAACUCUUCUCUGGCAACCAGGCACCAACGACCUCCAGGGAGCAGUGACCCUGCUUCCCAACAGAAGUCUUGCCCACCCUUCAGGUGCCACAGCCCAGCAUGGAUUCCAGUCUGAGUUGCUCAAUGGCCAAAGGUUCCCUCCAGCCAAGUGAAAUACUCGGCCCACACGUAGGGCAAGGAACUAUCUUGCCCUCUGUGCCAACCCAGUGCCAGAGGCAGGAGGAAAGCAAGGGGCUUCUCUCCUUGAAAUCGUGGGACCUAGCAGCAUUUACCUAAUAAUCCCUGGGAGCAGCCGGCACCCUUGUGGGUCAGAUGCCCGCGUGCCUGCUGGGAGGAGGGCAAGCAGGAGGUUCUCGACACUGCCUAGCCAGUCACCAUCCUGGCAGCCAUCUUGGUGGCUCCCCUUCAAGGCACCCAUGUCACAAUGAACCAGGAAAGGGGCCGAGAAAGGGUUAAGGAGCCCGUUGCGAGGCCAGAACCUGUGCUGUGUCAAAGUGGCGGGAAGCAUUGCCAGAAGCUAGAGGUGAUGCCACCUGGGCUCUGAGGACACAUCAUCGUGCUCCUGCCUCGCCCAGGGUGGGGGGCAUCCUCCUAUUCCGGUAGGAGAGUCCAGACCUCCCCAGGACAGCUGUGGGACCUCAGGUCUAGACCACACUAGGCAUGCUACCUGAGUUCCUGGCAAUUGUGUCAUUGACUGGCUACCCAUCAAAGCAAUCCUACCCUAGAGUGGGCUUCUCAGAAGUCCAACCCCCCCAAAGUCUCCCCACAGGGCCGUGGCCAUGCACUCUAGGUCCUAAAUACGGAGUGUGGACAGAGGGGGUCUGAGCUGCCUAGUUCCUGCCACCUGUGGCCUGCUACAGGGCUGCCCCCGCCCACCUUGCUGACUCCCAGUGCAGCCAGCCAGGUCUUCUCAAAAAGUGAGCUCCAGUUUUGCCACUCCCCCGCUCCCAACCAUCUCUGGUUCCCAAAUGCUGGCUAGAUAAAGCCAGGGCUUCUUCGUUGUCUGGGAGCUGGCUUCAAACUCUCUCUCUAGCCUCAUCUCGACCCAAGACUCCAGACAAACUGAACCACCUGUCCCCAGGCUGUGGCUUACGCUUCCUAAGGCACCCCCUCCGGGAAGCCCUCUUGGCUCUCCAGCUGAAAGCCACCUCCUGCCUGGAGCCACUCCUGCUCUUUACAUCUCUCAGAGAAAGGAGAGCGAGAUCACAUCCAACCCUGCACACUGCUUCACCGGCUCCUACAGAAGUAGGAUGCCUCUGUCUCCUGAGUGAAGGAUGGCCUCGUCUGGCUGUGUCCCCACCUCCCAAAGUUUAAGGAGUCCUGGUGGGGGUGGUGGGGGCACCAUCCUCCUCUCUCACAUGCCCUAAGACAGAAGCUUUCUGUCCAAGCAUGUUGGUGAGGCCCACUGUACCUUCCCUCCAGGUCAAUCUGACAUCCAAGAAUGAGGCCACCUUGGCCAGAAACUUCCAGGGCUUGGAGAAGUCACUAAGGCCCACAUUUCUCUUUGAGAAAUGGGGAGAAUCAGGGCCGCCCUGUAUGACUCACAGGCUCUAGGAUUUCAGGCUGUGCGGGGUUGUGUAAAUAGAAACCGAUUCUUCAGGUUUAGAAAGUGGGGCAGGGCUCCUCCCACAGGGGCUUGUUCCCCCCUCCCUUCCAGCUUGCGAACCUCUUCCUGGCUCCCUUCCCAGGGCCUCCCUGAGACUUCUCAGCAUGCACUCGGCCUACAGCCACAGGUGUCACCCCCAGGCCAGUGUCCUGCUUGGUCUUGGGUGUUCCCUUCCUGGAGACUAGGGGUGGGGGUGAGGCUGCCCUGAGGCCUGAGAAGGAAUAGCUGGGGAUGGAGAGGCAGGGGGGCCCUUCAAAGCUCUGGCCACACCUUCAGGCACGUCCCCAGUUUGGUCCUGGGAGACCAUCAGUGAGUGGGGUGGCAGGUAUGAGGCUAGAGGGAAGCUGAGGCCCAGAGGAGGAGAGCCUCCCCGUUCCUCCUUCUGGAACCACCCCCGGGCUCUUGCACAUCCCUGGGGCUUCCUCGACUCUCCAUUCCUCUAGGAGUCAGCCACCCAGCUCCCAGCCCAUUUCCUGCCUUCCUCCCAGCCCCACAGACGCCAUGCGGGAGGUGGGUACACUUCCAGCCCUUCCCGACCCUGGGAGUCUGCCCUGGCGGACAGGCCCAGAUUUGCUGUGUUUGGCUCAGCCUCGCAGUUGGAACCCCCAACGCUGGCAAAGAGGGUAAUUCAUUCCCGGCCUCCCACCCCAUCCAGCGACGGAGGCCUCCAGGGUGAGGUGGGGGAGGGUGCCCUGAACCUCAUUUUUCAGGUCCUCUCCUUUCUCCCUCUGAACCUCAGAGCCAUCCUGCUCCCCGGGCAAAGGAACUCUUUCUUCUUGUGCCUGUUCACUUCCCAAGAGGGGAGCUUUGGCCAAGGGCCCGUGAAAGCCGCUCUGUUCUGAGCCUCGCUGGGCCCUGGCUCUUUCCGCUCACCUCCUUUUUGGGGGAGGAAAAUGUGACAACUCCAGCCACUUGAGGCUCUGAAAAGCCCUCUGGGUAGGGCGGGGGAGGCGGAGAGGGCUGUAGGGGAAGGGAGAGAGGCAAGGCCUUCCUUCUGUUCUGCGGGGAGCCAGGGUGCUAUCUCAGGCCACAGGAACUAAAGGCCUACUAUCCCCAGGAGGGAAGAGGGCGCCUGGGUCCCUCUUUCCCCACUGCCCACUGGCUACUUCCGGAGCAGUAGCAGGCCCCUCUCCUGUUUCUCUCCCUCCAUGUGGCAGACAUGCCUGCCCCCGGCCCCCCAACGGCUCCGAGGCACCACGGCCACCUGCCUGCACGAUGCUGUGUCCCUCAGGGAUGUCCUCUGGGACGCUGGCCUCGUAGCUGCUCUGCAGAAAGAUGGGCCGGUUGUCAUUCACGUCCAGGACGGUGACAAACACGGUGGCCGUCCCUGUGCGCCGCUUCCCUACGGGGCCGUUGUCUGUGGGAGUUGAAGGAAGACAGGCUGUGAGUAGCUGCCUGAGGCACACAUUCCCUGGACACGCGUCCUGUUCAUCCCACCCACGUUGGCCUUCGCCAGGGGUGGGUUUUUCUUCCUUUCUUAGAUUAAGAAUAACACUAACAAUAUCUAAUGUGUCCCAGGCGCUAUUCUAACUCAUUCAGCCCUCAGGAGCAGCAUGUGAAGUAGGUGCUAUUAUUAUUAUUAUACCCAUUUUACAGAGGAGGUGGAGGCGUGGAGUAUUUCAGCGGUGGCCCUCGGAAGACCAACCCGUGUCAGAUCCCUGGGAACUUGGGAAUGUCAACUUAUUAGGAAACAGUGUCUUUGAAGAUAUAAUUAAGAAUCUUGAGAUGAGGUCCCCUGGACUGCGGGGUGGGCCACAGGUCCGAUGACAAAGGUUCUCAAAAGAAAAAGGCAGAGAAAGGCUUGAAGCAGGGAGAAGGCCGGGUCAAGUCAGAGGCAGAGAUGGGAGUUUUGCAGCCACAAACCAAGGAAUAUUUAGAGCCACCAGAAACUGCUAGAGUUAAAGGAGUCCCCUCUAGAGCCUUCGGAAGGGAAUGCAGGCCUGCUGACACCUGAAGUUUGAACUUCUGGCCUCCAGCGA